UUAUAGGUGUAUUAUUAUGUCAAAUAAAAUUGAUGACAGCAUCGGGGAAUGGCAAAACUACAUAGAUAAUAUACUUAUGGCUAGGGGAGGGGUGUCUAGAGCAGCAAUCCAUGGAAUAAUAGACGGUAAAAGAUGGGCAACAACGCCUGACUUUGGAGAAAUAUCCCUCUCUGAGAUUCAAUCAUGUAUUGAUGGAUUUAUUGAACCCGAAAAAUUACAAACUGAGGGUAUACGUAUUGCAGGAGAGGCAUUUUCUUUUGUCAAGAUGGAUAUGACUGAUAGCUACAUUUAUUGUAAAAAUCCAAAGACAGGAUGCAUGAUUUGCAAAUGUAAGAAAUGUAUUAUAUUUAGUCAACACGAUGACCCUAACAUUAUAGGACAUUGCAGUGCCACCACGUUAUAUUUAGCUGAUUUUUUGAAAAGUUUCGGCUGCUGAUUAAUUUAUCCAAGGCCUAAUAAAAGAUACAUUUACGACCUUGAACAAGCAUUAUCAUCACUCUCUUGACUUAGACGAUGUCCCGGGGAUACGCCCCCCCCCCACCGGAUACGCCCCGCACCCCUACAUAGUGUUCGUCUGACAAACCGAUUUUGGAAAGAUGACUGUUUCAAUAAACCAACUUUGAAUCAGUUACGCGUUCAACUGACAAAAACACAAAGGAUGACAAUAGAGAAAACUGAUUCUUGAAGAUGAACUCAAUUUUCUCCUGCUGUUUACGUUACCAGCGACAAAAAUCGAAGAACACUUUUAAUACGAAUAACAAGUUUAUUGUAAUGAGUACAAUAGGUAACAUUUGGAAUAUUUGCACAUGAGUUAAUAGCUUUACUGUAACAUUUAAGGGAUAUUUACAUUUGAGCUUUAUCUUCCGUUUUUGCUAAACUUGUAUAGGCCUUCACAAUGGCAUGGAUUUACACAAGUAGUAUAUUAGCCGCUUGUCGGAUAUUUCUGAUGAUCCUAAGCAGUGGAUACAUAUACCCAAAAUUUCUUGUAUACCC